AGGAUUCUGAGACGGUUACAUAUAUGAAGAGCCAGGCGCCCAGCUUGGUGAUUUCCAGGGUAUCUGUUUGCAACAAGCAAACAUAAGAGGGCACCCGAGAGAAUGCAAAGUGCUGGAGGCAGCUAAUCCGGCAGUAUGGGGCAGCCGGGCCGAAAAGUCGGACUUUCAUGAGUGGCUUCACCAAGUGCGCCAUUGAUCUCGUUUACGAUUUCCCCUAUUUAUCCAAUUUCUUCAUUUUCCAGGCUUCUUUCCGCGCCCUUUCCUUCUCCCGAACUUUUUGUUACGUCCUUUCAGUUUGUGCUACUCAAGUGUUUGAGCACAGGAGACCUCAAGAUGCCACUCACACAACAUAAAAUACACCCCACGGCCCUGGCUCAGCCACAGGGAUGAUCUCUGCUCUGUUGUCAACUAUUGGAGAUGAUACGUUCUUUGCCAUGCCAGACUUUUUUUUUUACCAAGAGCAGCUGGUGUGGCAGCUUAUGGCGACGUUGACCAAUUGUCAUCAUCAAUUGGAUGAUGAUCAUUAUCCCCAAUGAAAGGGAUGGAAAACGGUCGCAGAAAAUAAGUUUACACAGCCUGAAUCGUUUACGAAUUAGUUGCGUAGGCAUGGCGAGCUUUCGAUAUCAAAACCAGAGUCUCAAAUAUAAUUGAACAAGGGGCUGAGAGAAAGUGACAUAUCAUUGCAGCUCCUCGCGUUUCAAAUAGACUACCAGACCACCACCACAAGCGACACAAAAGACAAAGAAACAAAGAAACCACCAUGCUCAAACAGUCUAGGAGAAAUCCAUCCCAAGCCAAGACAAUCCCCAGCGAAAGCAAAAAAUGCACCCACCUCUUGCCCUAUCCUAGUCAUUAUCAUCCAUCAUAAGCAUUGAAGACGUUCAGUCUCUUCCUUGCACUCCUUUUUCAUCUUUCAUCUAUCAUGCAACCCGAAGCACCACGCCUGCCUGCGCCGCCCAAAAUGGUUCUUUCCUGAUUCUUCAAAUCGUAACUCAACUGCCAGCAGUGGGGGGUGCCUGCCCUUCGAUCGACGUUUACGUAUAGAAACUGGAAAGACUGCUUGCUACUUGCUUUGGCAGGAGCGGCAGAAGAGAAAGCGAGCGCACUCGGUGUGCCCUCCAGCAUCACCUAACGCCAUGUUCACUCCCAUCCCCUAUAGUUGAUUUCCCCAAAGGCUGGAGGCCAGAAGGACAUGUUUUACUCCUCCAUAUCUGUGUCAUCGGAAAUUUCGAGCAUCAUGUCGUCUUGGAGUGCCAUCGAAGAAGUGUCUCGGUCCAGACCAAGAAAGGCGACUCGAUCCAAGACGCGGCCAAUGUCUCUUUGUCUCCCGUUCAUUCCUGGGCCAGCUGUUUCAUCGAUCCAAGAGUGAAACGCCUCGUCAUUAGGUUCCUCAUCGUUGUUAUCGAGAGCCAUUGGUUCAUAGGAUUCGUUUGGUUCAGCUCUCUCCUGGCUUGGGCCAUUAUCGACAACCCGCCAUCUGUGGUCAACACUAUUUCGCCAUUAGGCCUGUCACUAUUUGGGUGGAAGCACAUAGACAAACCUGUCACAGCUUCCUUGGAGGGCAUACACUUCAGAGAGUGUGGGCACAGAGCCAUCCCUGGCCUGAUCAUGACUCAACGGGCUGUCCUGUUCGGCAACAUCUGGGAGAGUCUGUACUUGUUUGUGGCUCUCAUGUUUAUCUGCCGUCUUAAAGAAACAUGGAGAGGGAGAUCGAUGACCUUGCUCCUGUGCUCCCAAAAGAGGUCGGGAGACUACCCCAUUACCAUAGGCAGUGGGACUAUCAUGGGACACUACUUCGACAUUCCCUUCGUCGUACUUGUAGGCAAGGCCACAGUUGACGCAUACCCAUCGACCAUUCGCUCUCUCACAUGCUUGUGUGCACUUAAUGCACAUCAGAGCCACGGGCCCGCGAAGCUCGGAACGAGGAUCCAUGAGGGGACGUAUAAAAGCACCCUGAAUAGUGAAAGUGAAGUCCCCGAGCUACUGAUAUCCUCCUUACCUCUUGUGCUGGUGGCUGUACCAGAGGUUGAAAGAUGCUACGCAAGACGAAACUUCUAGGGGAUGGCGUUCGAGGAGUAUCGACGGGGAAGUUAAAGGCGAAAUUCUUUCGGCUGCUGGAAAAGAGUUGGAAUGAUUCGUCAGUCACUCUGUUUCCAUGAACAGAGCGAUCUAGCAGUUGACAAGAGAGACUGGAAAGGGCUGAUUCCAGAUGUGAUGAUACGCGGGGCUCCACACAAGACCACGGUGCUUUUGCGUGCCUCCGCAGAUACGCCCAGCUGGUGAAUGGAAGUGAAGAAGUGACAGGCCGACGAGGCGAGACGUUACGAAUAACGGUCAACAAUACGGUCAGUCGUCGAAGUUGAUGAUGGUGCCGAUAUCGAUGGAUGAGGUUUGGAAGGAGUGACGGCAAGAGUCACUUUGUCCAGCUAGCUAGUAAGCUCACGACAGGGGUACAGGCUACUGUACAUGUGCUGGCACAAAGAAGAGACAGCACCGAUCAUCCCGGUAGUCUUCGAAUUUUGUUGGAGGAUAUCCAAAAGUAGUGGAUCAACAGAAGAAGCAAUCGACACGAAGAAAAAGAAAAGGGAGCAUGUUCGUUGGUCGACUGGGAGCGAUGGAUUUGUCGUGUGUCGAAGCCACCGAGUCUUCAGGCGGCAUCCAACCAGACGGCACCUCGAGUUCUUGGUGCAAUGGCAGAGGAGCCUAGGCAAGGCAGCCUGGGGGGACCAUCGACCGAUUGGAGAGUUUCCAAACGAGGUCUCAUAAGUGGAAGAUGCUUAUGGGCGAGGCGCACACACAUGUUCUCAUUCAUAAGAGCAUUCCAGGACUUCCUUGAUGAAUAAACGAAACAAAGAUUGAACGAAACAAACUGAAACGAAACGGAUGUGAAACAGCACAGAAGGCUGAAGCCACACCUACCGACGUGGACGUGAGAUUCGCCAGUGUCAUGGUAACGACCUGAAUCUGUCACCACUCGACAAGAAAAAGACUGACAAGUGCGGAGCUACAAAGACUCAUAUUCUGUGGUCAGAAUCAAGAAUUUCGAAGAGAAAGCACGGCAGUGGACAUAUGGGACUACUUAACAUCUCCUCCCUUGAAGCCACUCUCCUGAUCUGCACGCGUCGGCCCCCAGGAAUACAGUUUCAGCUGGGAGUACUCUUCCCCAGCACCGACAUUCUCUAGUGUGUGAGACAGACCCUCCAUAUUUUAUGUAUUGGGGGUUGAUUGUCACCAAACGUCCCUCAGCCUGAUUUCCAGCUGUGGAUGUUGGUGGCUGGCACCCUGUCAGAGCACAUGUUUUGGUGCCAGUGGAGGUCUCAGCAGACGGUAUCUUUUAUCGCAAAUCCCCAUUGACUUAAAGAGCUUUGCAGGCUUUCAAAGUAUUAAUGCGAUAAAACGGCUUACGUCAGUGCAGUUGGGGGCUUGAAGGUCUACACCAAAGGGCUUUGUGCUAUCGAAGACGACAGUGAGCUGCUUGACUCCGCCAAGGAUCUCCAAUCUACAGGGGUCACUUCCAACAUACACGAUGAACGGAUGCACAAGAUUAAGUUGGCUGAGAUGGCCAGGCUUCAGAUCAGAGCCAGUGACGAGUGCCACCUCCCACAAGCUACUCAUUUAAUCAACGGUCAUCACGAUCAAUGCACGUCUCUUCUUCAUCACAUACCUGGUGAGACAUGCACAGCGAAAUGCCUUUGAAUGAUUCGCAGUUGGCUUGGCUGAUUCACUAGCCUGUCCACUGGCAAAGAGCGUGAUAUGCAAUGGGGAAAUCACUCUCUGUCAAGUGAACAGACAAUGGGUGUGAAGCUACGAACUUUCAUGCAGUGUAUGCACUAUUUCUGGGUGCAUCGCGCUAUUAUUUUCUCAUGCAGCCAACAUCUAUUGGGGAAGUGGGAUGGUGGAUGAAAGACACGACCCUCCGCGGGGGAUACACGAUUGUGGCUUACACCAAAAUUCCACGGCGAUCCACCCUCUUGGAGACUACGAGGCCAACAUCCGAAUGAUUAGUCCCGCAAUGGCCUUGGUAAUCCAGAUCAAUUGCUUUGAUUGAUAAAUAAUAGUCUUGAGAAUACUAAGACUUCUAUACAAUAGACUGGGCCCUGCUGAAAUCGAAAAACAAUCUGAUACUGAAAGCUAUCCAUGCACAAGGUGCACCAACCAGCCAAAAACACCAAAAUCAUAUAGCACCGAGUGUUCCUUCGAGAAACGACAGAAAUAGUAAUGCGUACGAGAUGAGGGGCAUGUCAGGUUGAGGCACGAACCAACAGGAUAACAAGCCCAAGUGCCAUUAGACCCCGUGCCCAACGCCAGACUUUGCACUCUGUUAAUUUCGGCCUCUCUUUCACCGUCGUGCUUGUGAAGAGCUGUUAUUUUGGCCGCGAUAGUCGAGAGUUCUAGGAUAGCCAGGACAACUCUGAUGGGUGUAUUGAGGAUAUCGCUCAUCCCUCUGAGCCUCACUGGCCGAAGUGCUGGUACCAACAGUCCCUGUGAACUGGUUGUCAAAUUGCGAGAUAGUGUUAGUACCGCGCCUGAUACCGUUUUGUUCGGCUUCGUCAGGAGACGUUGCCAUUCUAACUCGCUGACCGUUCACGAAGUUGGUUGUUCUUCGUUGAGGGUCAUCCAUCGAGUGCUGGACCCCUGGCAAAUUUACUUGGUAUUGAUUGCCGGGAGUAUCGUUGGGUCCCUGGGUGAUACGACUAUUCGGAAUGGAUUAGCUGGUGGUCGUUGUCUUUCCAACGAUAUCACCUCCACAUACCUUCCCUGGUAGGCGGGCUGAUUUGAUGGAGCAUAGGUAUAGCCCAGUGUGCUUUGACUUGAAGCUGUUUGUGGAUACGGUCGGUCCUGAUGAGGAUAGUAGGCUGUUCCAGAGUGUUGAUUUUGGGGCAGAUGUUGGUGCAGCCCGACAUCCUGGGGUGCAGUAGUCUGGCGCUGUGGUUGCGGUGCUUGCUUUAUAUGGCUCUGGGUUAUAUUCGCGCCCGGAGACGAGAACCCACUCGCAUCUCUAGUGUAGCGAUCUCCCGAAGAGGUCAUGGUUAUUUGAUAAGGAUCCUCCAGGGGAAGAGCCAACUGAUCGAGAAGAUAUGAGAGCAGUUAAUAGUAAGAGGGGGAUGGGUGUAUCUGGUAGGUGACAGACUCUUGUGACGAGACUUCUAAACUGGCAAGCAUCGCAUGGCGGGCAUGAAAGGGGUAUUAAUGCACCAGCUCUCUGUUACGCGGUGAAGGGCUUGUAGCAAGCUUGGGCAGGGUUGAUCGGAUUACAGAGAUGAAACACCUCAUGAACCUGGUUUCUUUUGCACAGCAUCACUGCUUGUCAAGGUCCCGAUAUUCUUCAGACAUCGCUGCUUGGAUGAAGGCUGGAAAUCGUGCGGUUUGCCAGCGAAUUCGCCUAGUAACAUCUGCCAGUUUGCGAAGGUUAGCCACGACAACAUGUGCUAGGAGAAUGAAAGGGGUAUUACAGAGCAUGGUUGAUUUACAUCAGCCUGGGGCGAAACGAGAGAUUGUCGUGGCAUGAAAAAACAUGGCCAACCCGGGAAUGGGAGUCAAUUUGCUCGCCUCGGCAUUUGGUUCGCUCUUGUUGACUGGGCCUUCUGUCACUAGGCAUAUACCUAGGCGGAAUGUUACUUUCAGAGGCAAAAUGCACUUGUUAGAUGGAUUCUUGGGAUGACGACAUGUUCGAAAUCAUCAACGUUGAUUACCUACGAUGAGAAGGUUCGCAUGGUACGCACAAAGGCAGUAUGUCAGCGGCAGCGGCUGCUCCUGCGAGAAAAGAUGGCCAAGCAGACAACCUAUCAAGAUUCAUCCGUUGUUCAACUAGUAUAUACGCGUCCCUUGGCUGUGUUUGGUUGGGCCCAGGGCACGCAACAAACGGGUCGAAAUACUUCUGGUCAGGUCGUGAUCUGGCAUGGCUUUGGAGGCGACUAAUCGAAAAGGACUCUAUGGGGAUCAUUCGGCUUAGACAGAACCCCAAACUUCGACGCAGAUGGGCAUUCGAAUUUUCGAUUCUGCUGUAUAGUGUCACACAAUGCGCAUGGGAAGGAGGGAAAAGAACCGCAAUUUUACACAGAAGGGAAGACUUGGAAGAUUGGUGACGGCUGACGGCAAUCAUUCUUCUGCCAACGACGUCAAAAGUAGCUGCAGCAUGAUCGAUUCUUUCCUGCUUGCGGAGAUUCCUUCGUGGAUUUGUGUUUGAAUGAUAUGGAAUGGAUAUUUUUCGUACAAGAGAGCAGCAUGUUCUCUCGUACUGAUUCACUGUCCUCUUAGCCAGCCAUACACAAGGAAGAGGGUAAAUUGUUCCGCUUGCAACUGCUGGACCUAUGACUUUCGCAUCUCAUGCGGCCACACAAGGAACUUAUCGCAGAAGAUCUCGGCAACUCCGAAAACUCUAGGAGAUUCUGGGGAAAGUAGAGCUAGU